UAAGUUCCUUAAAAUGUCUUGCAAAGGGUGGCACAUAUUCUGGUUGUUGGUUUGGAAGAAUUUUCAUAAGCAAAAAAGUAAUAAGCUAGUUCUACUUUUAUCAAUAGUUUUACCUGUACUAGCGGCUCUAUUGUUAUUAUUUUUUUGCGCUUCGCAUGAUCGAAAUCUGAGAGACUACUCGAACAAACCGGAAGCCCAGGCAUUGGAGUUCAGUUGGAGCUCGCUUAUCGAGAAGAUAGAUGCGAGACGCACGAACAUGGUGAAUAAACAGAAAGACUUUCAAUAUAACGUAUUCAUACCGCAGAUACGAGUGGCAUUCGCUCCCAAUAAAAAUCCAGCAUUGCGAAAACUCAUCGACAAUGCGAUGGGAAAACUUUCCAUCGGCAAAGAUAAGAUUGUUAACUAUAACAACUGCAGUGAAUUGCGGACGCACGCCUCCGCGGAACAUUAUUUGGCAAGUGUUUGCUUCCGCAAUGUGGAUGAGUCAAAAAGUGGCCUACCUUCGGUGAUGCAUUUUGCCAUAAUGAUGCCCUCGGAGCUGCGGAGCUAUGAGCGCACCUGGAUCGGCGACACCUGGAAGGAAAACCGUUCGCCGGUGGAUCAUGAUCAGGAUUCCGUCGAGGGCAUCGACGAGAAUGAUUUCACGGACUAUCUGCGAGAGGGAUUCGUAGCCCUCCAGUACUACAUUAGUUUGGAAUACCUGCAGGCCGCAGCCAAGGCAGCCAAAUUGCCGGCGAUCCAAAUGCGGCGAUUCGACGAAAACCCUAGUGUUAAACUCUCCGACGGAAAAGCCACUUCAUCCAUAUUGAUGAUUCUCAUUGGCUUUAUGUUCCCUGUGGCCAUUCUAGUUAAGUUGAUUGUGGAGGAGCGCGAAGUUGGGCAGCGUUUCGUGAUGGAGGUGAAUAACGCCAGUCCAACUUUGCAGGUUGCAUCCUGGUUCUUCAAUAGCUUCUGUCAGUUACUGCUGGCCCUAGCUUUCAUAACUCUUUUACUAAAGAUUCAGUGGAACGGAACGUCGGCGGCAUUUAAUAAAUGUCCCUGGCUCAUAUUGCUAUUUUUUCUCAUCUCAUAUGGAUUCGCUGCGACCAGUUUUAUAAUCUGUAUAGCAUCUCUAAUGCGUAACUCCAGGAUAGCCGUUGUUAUAGUACCGAUUGUAUGGAUUCUACUGCCCCUUCCGUUUUUUACCGACGAGCAGCUGAUGUCCAAUGAGUUCCAUGAGUUCUAUGCCAUUGUCACGGCAAUUAUUUGCAAUGUAUCCUUUAGUCGGGGCCUGAAGAAAUUGAUUUACCUGGAAGCCUAUCCGGUGGAAGUGCCAAUUAGAAAAUAUUUGAUGUGCAAAGUUAUGGACUCGGAUUCCGGCCUUGUAGUGCCCAUUUCAUACUUCUAUUUACAGACCUUUUUAUAUAUUCUACUCGCCUUGAUCUUGGAAAACAAAAUAUGCAUUUGGCUUGUACGUCAUUUAAAGGAAAUGUGUAGGUGUUGCAAAACUUUGAAAUUACAUCGUAAUAUCUGGCCGGUGCGAGGACGAAAAGAGGAAGUUCCAGAAGCCAUCGAACCGAAAAACGAAUCCCACAUCUCCAUAGAGUUUCGUAACGUUUGGAAAAAGUAUUCGAACAAGAUCGUGGUGGAGAAUUUCACAUUGAGCGUGCAUCUUGGAGAAGUAGUGGCUCUAUUGGGCCAUAAUGCAUCUGGAAAAAGAACCAUUGUCAAGAUGGUAUAUGGACUGACAAAGCCUUUCCUGGGAGAGAUCUUCUUAGCUGGCUAUAAUGUAAUUACGCACAAAAGGCAAGCCUUUCAAAAUGCCGGCAUUUCCUUGUCAUGCAAAUCUUUAAUCUCCGAGUUCACGGUGUUCGAUCAUCUGAUAUUCUUUUGUCAGUUGCGGGGUCUCAAAAGGACCGAGGCCAAAGUUGAGGUGAUAUCAUAUAUACGCUAUUUAAGAAUUGAAAAGUGGGAAAAGUCACAGGUGAAGGAACUCACCAUCGGACAGAAAAGAGUUCUAAAUUCUCUGUGUGCUUUCGUUGGUCGAACCCAGAUUGUAAUACUCGAUAAACCCUUCGAUGGUGUCGAUGAGGUUAAGGCCGAACUGUUCUUCAGCUUUGUGCAGGAGCAAAAGAAGAAUCGCUCCAUUUUCUUCACUACCAAUAGUCCAAAAGUAGCCAGUGGCAUUGCCGAUCGUAUUGCCGUGCUUUCGAAGGGUAAGCUCCUAACUUUCGGAACCGAAAAAAGGCUGUGCAAGACUUUAAAUGAUGUCUAUAGACUGACCCUAUAUGGCAAUGAAUAUUGCGAUUUCAAGGAGGUGCAAAUCUUUUUGGUGAAUUUCAUACCUGAUACUGAGAUGGACUAUACAUUAGGUGAUUUGGCAGUUUUUAUAAUCAAGCACCAAAACCAAACUGAAUUGAUGGAUUUGCUUGAGAACUUGACACGCUAUAAAGAGGAAUUGAAUGUGAAUAGUUUCCAACUUCAGGAGUGCAGCCUUGAUAUUAUUUUAUACAACCUAUUUUCACGUGACCAAUCUAGUUUUCAAUUCGGAGAUGCAGAGUCCCAUAUGUUUACCAUAAACAGAGAGCCCAGAAGGAGAUAUAUCAUCGCUUUGAUCGUGAAUAUUCGGGAAGAACUUCGGCAACGUCUGCUCAGAGACAUACGGAACUGUUUUUUACCACUUCUGAAACUCAUUGUGCCGACUUUGGUGGUCCUUUGGACCCUUAGCAUGCCAUAUUUCUGGAACAAUUGCCUACAGCCGGAACUGAUUGUUUUUCCCAUUACGGAUCAUGAAAGCGGGAUCAUAUUGAUGCAACAAAAUCUAUUCGAGAAAGAUCUACUGGCGGCCACUGAGGAAUUUGCCAGAACAGGAGUUACCGUAGUGAGUCCCAAGGCUGACAUCAAGAAGUUCAUCUAUAGUUAUGAGUAUGACAACAACUUGUUGUCGGAUUUGGAUAUUCUGGAGGCGGCCAUAUACUCCGAUGAUGAGGUUGAGAUUCUCUUCAACAACAAGUGGCAUUUCACGGCACCCGAUUGUUUGGCCCUGGUAAUGAAUUCCCUGGCAGUUGGUCUCAUAGGUUCGGAUUCUGGUAUUAAGGUGGAACUGGAACCGCUGCCCUUCUCGACAAUCCACACCCUACAAUUGCAUCUUACCACCGAUGGCAUUGACCUGAUAUUCGCCACCUGUCUGAGCUUCUGUUUCUGCUACCUCUGGAGCUUACCCCUGCUCUACAUGACCCUCAAUCGAAAUGGUCGCUAUAACUAUGUUGAACUGAUUGCUGGAAUGCGGAUAAGCACAAUGAUAGUAGCUUUUCUUAUAUACGACAUGGUGGUUGUGUUACUAGCGCUUUUUCCCGUCAACCUGGCCGUCCUAUUAAUGCAGUGGGACAUACUAAUGGAUCCUGAUAUUAUCUUGCUUUGUACCUAUGUCUUGGUGGCCAUUGCCCUUUGUGUGCUUAGCGUGAAUAUCUGGAUAUCAAUUGGCAUUUCGGAUACUCAGAAUGGCUACCUGAAGCUACUCACUUUCUACUCAUUCGGCAUUGUGACUUACUUAGCGCUGACCGAACUGCAACCCACUGUGGAUCUCAAUGCGAUUUCCCUAGUAUUACUGGACUUCCAUCCGUAUUAUGCCCUGUUGCAUAAUCUAAUGCGCAUUACCAGUAUAUCGGAGAAGAUAUGGCUCUGCAGAGAUCAGCAGAUCUACGAGACCAGUGUUUACUCGGAACAGUGCCUGAAAUUCCCCAACUGCUGUGAUCCUAAUGCCCAGCAGUUCCCCCAUUUCCGAUACCUAGCCUGCGUCUACAUAUUGACCGUCGUGGUUUGGAUCUGGAUUUAUAUAUGCCUCAAGUCGCGAGUGGUAAAGCGCAGACCUCGACAAGGAAAAUACUUUUGGGAUAGCGAUCCAGAUAGCCAAUACGAUCAGAAUGUUUUGCACAUUACUCACCCCAAUGAUCUCGAAAAUACUUGGAUAUCAGAAAAGAUACGUGUUGGAACUCUGGAACGUAAUUAUAUAGAGUCCAAAGUUCUGCAUGUAGAGCAUUUGAGCGUGUUCUUUAACCUCAAGGCGGCCAUUAAACACAUUGAUUUUAUGGUUAAUCGCUAUCAGGUUUUGAGCAUAUUCGGGGCCAAUGGAUCUGGAAAAACGGUUCUGCUGAAAACCAUUCUCGGAAUUUACCCACCCAGCUCAGGACGCAUAAUAAGCUCGAAAAAGGUGCCUUUGAAGUCGGAAAACUUGGAAGGGUGCAAUCUAAUUGGUUAUAGUGCUCAGGAGGUUCAGGUCUUUCAGUGGCUGACAAUAUGGGAGACUAUACUUUUGAUACUGCGUAUAAGGAGGUCGAAUAGAAAAACCCUUCAGGAGGAUGCCAGGACAUUGUGCAAAAUUUUUGGUUUAUACAACUAUCGGUUUCAAUCGCUUUCGGUGUGCAGUCGGGGAAUACUUAAAAGACUGAGUCUUGGCAUUGCCCUGAUGAGCGAUGCUGAUCUCAUCCUGCUGGACGAUCCCUUCACCCAUCUGGACGUCAUUGCCCAGCGCACCGUGCUCCAUGUAAUCCACGAAUUGUCCCGCCGCGGCCAAUCGGUGAUCUAUACCUGCUCCGAUACCCAGGUCUCGAAUUCGGCCCUGCGAAUGGCGGCCCUUAGUUAUCCCGGAAUCGCCGCCAUUGGAGAGCGUCAGGAGUACCUGCAGAACUACUACACAUCCUACUAUGUCGUUGAGACCCGAAUCCAUUUUCCCGAACUAGCCGGUCCCCUUAAAUUCGAUUCCUUAUCGGGGGAGUCCCAGGAGGAGCAGGAGCAUGGAUUGAAAACCGAGGAACCCCUACGAUUCAAGCACCAUGAGUUCUCUACGGUGUGUAAUGACAGCGAGGAUAGAUGGAAGUACCUACAGCUAUGUCUCCUCAUCGAAAAAGCAUUCCCCCAUGCAAUUAUCAAGACUGUUAGCUUGCCGAAGGCCUGUUUUUGGCUGUCCAGCAAUAUGUACUCCAUGAGUCAAAUUGUCAAAACUCUCGAGCUUAACAAACAAAAUUUUUACUCAUUUGCAAUUUCCCAGCCAUCGGUCAGUUCCAUUUUCCUUGCCAUAAGUCCCCAGAAAAUACAUAAGAAGUCAUUUUCUUAUUGAGGGUUUUUUGAAACCCAAAUAAAGCUUCUUAAUUCUAUAAUGAAUUGUAA